AUGCCUUCGAACUCGCGCCCCUCCCAGAUUCACUACAGCUCCUCGUCCUCGUCCGACUCCGACCUGUCGUCCGCCUCGUCGUCCUACCGCCACAGCAUGGACUCUGCCCCGAGACCGAUCGCCUCCGUCGAGGUCCUCCGCUGCCUGCGCUGCGCGAGGUCCGUCGAGGCCACCUCGACCGACGACUCCAGCUCGACCGGCAUGGUCCGCAUCGCCCACAACCUCUACUACUGCGAGCGGUGCGCCAAGAUGGUCGGCUACAAAUGA